GAAGUGAAUCCCGUGGAGUGAAGGUCACACUGCAGUGGACUGACUUCUAAAGACUCUUGGUAAAUGAGGAAGAAACCCGGAAGAGGAAGAGGAAAGCAAAGGGGUCAGGGAUGGCUCUUCCUCAGGGUCUAUUGACAUUCAGGGAUGUGGCCAUAGAAUUCUCUCAGGAGGAGUGGAAAUGCCUGAACCCUGCUCAGAGGACUUUAUACAGAGACGUGAUGUUGGAGAAUUAUAGGAACCUGAUCUCCCUGGAUAUCUCUUCCAAAUGCAUGAUAAAGAAGUUGUCAUCAACAGAGCAAGGCAACACAGAAGUGCUCUACACAGGCACACUGCAAAGACAUGCAAGUCAUCACAUUGGAGAUUUUUGCUUUCAGGAAAUUGAGAAAGAUAUUCAUGAUUUUGUGUUUCAGUGGCAAGAAGACAAAAGAAAUGGCCAUGAAGCACCCAUGACAGAAAUAAAAAUGUUGACGGGUAGUACAGGCCGAUAUGAUCAAAGGCAUGCUGGAAACAAGCUUAUUAAAGAUCAGCUUGGAUCAAGCUUUCAUUUGCAUCUGACUGAACUGCACCUAUUUCAGCCCAAAGGGAAAAUUGGUAAUCAAGUUGAGAAGUCUAUCAACGAUGCUUUCUCAGUUGCAGCAUCCCAAAGAAUUUCUUGUAGGCCCCAAACCCGUAUUUCAAAUAAGUAUGGGAAUAAUUCCCUCCAUUCUUCAUUACUUACAAAAAAAUGGGAAGAGAGGAAACAAUAUAAAUGUAAUGUAUGUGGCAAGGUCUUUAAUCAGAAGCAAUACCUUGCAUGCCAUAGAUGUCACACUGGUGAGAAACCUUACAAGUGUAAUGAGUGUGGCAAGACCUUUGGUCACAAUUCAGCCCUCUUAGUUCACAAGGCAAUUCAUACUGGAGAGAAACCUUGCAAGUGUAAUGAAUGUGGCAAGGUUUUUAAUUACAAAUCAAACCUUGCAUGUCAUCAUAGACUUCAUACUGUAAAGAAACCUUACAAGUGUAAUGAAUGUGGCAAGGUUUUUAAUAGAAAAUCAAACCUUGAAUGUCAUCAUAGUCUUCAUACUGGAAAGAAAUCUUUCAAGUGUAUUAAUAUGGCGAGGUUUUUAGGCAACAAUCAAACUUUGCAUGUCAUCAUAGACUUCAUACUGGAAAGAAACCUUACAAAUGUGAAGAAUGUGACAAGGUUUUCAAUUUCAAACCACUUCUUGAAAUACAUAGGAGAGUUCAUACUGGAGAGAAACCAUAGAAAUGUAAGGUUUGUGACAAGGAUUUUGGGUGUGAUUCACACCUGGUACAACAUACUGGAAUUCACACUGGAGAGGAACUGUACAAGUGUAAUAAGUAUGGCAAAGCCUUUAAUGGGCAGUCAACACUUACUCACCAUCAAGCAAUCCAUGGUGUAG